AUGAAACGUGGAUACCCAGGUUCGCCUUCGAACUCUUCUGCUGCUGGCCCACCUAAAUCCAGAUUGAAAUACACCCCUGAAGGAAAUUACUGCGAGGCAGAGUUUUCCAAUGAUUUUGUUCAGAGAGUGGCUGACCAUUAUAGUGCCAGGACAAAUCAGACUCUGGAAGAACGAGAAGCAAGUCCAAUUAUCCACUUAAAGAAACUUAACAAUUGGAUAAAAAGUGUCUUAGUUCAACAAUAUACUUCUCGAGGGGAUGCUGUUCUUGAUCUUGCUUGUGGGAAGGGUGGUGAUCUCAUCAAAUGGGAUAAAGCAAAAGCGGGAUAUUAUGUUGGCAUUGACAUAGCUGAAGGCUCGAUGGAAGAUUGCCGUACGCGUUACAAUGGUGAUGCAGACCACCAUCAACGUCGCAAAAAGUUCACUUUUCCUGCCCGCCUUAUAUGCGGGGAUUGUUUUGAGCUUCGCUUGGAUGAAGUCCUGGCUGAUGAUGCUCCUUUUGAUAUUGUCAGUUGUCAGUUUGCUUUGCACUAUUCAUGGUCAACAGAGGCACGUGCACGAAGAGCAUUGGCCAAUAUAUCAGCCUUACUUCGGCCAGGAGGCAUCUUCAUUGGAACAAUGCCAGAUGCCAACGUUAUCAUAAAAAAACUAAGAGAAGCCGAAGGACUGAUCUUUGGUAAUAGUGUCUACUGGAUACGAUUUGAUGAAGAGUUCUCUCAGAAGAAAUUUAAAUCUUCUAGCCCUUUUGGUAUCAAGUACAACUUCCAUUUAGAGGAUGCUGUUGACUGUCCUGAAUGGAUUGUCCCUAUCAAUGUCUUCAAAUCUUUGGCAGAAGAGUAUGACUUUGAGCUGGUUUUUGUGAAGAAUAAUCAUGAGUUUGUGCACGAAAAUAUGAAGAAACCUGAGAAUGUUGAGUUAAUGCGAAGACUUGGCGCUUUAGGUGAUGGGAACCAGGACCUCAGCACACUAUCACCGGAUGAGUGGGAAGUAGCUUAUUUAUACUUGGCAUUUGUCUUGAAAAAGCGAGGCCAACCAAACCGGACACCAGUAAAAAGUAAAAGAGACAAAGGAAAGAUGCAUCUGGAAAAGGAGGACAUUCUGUUCAUUAGUAGCGAUGUAUAA